AUGCCUCUUGCGUCCCACGUCAACCCAGAGGAGAUCGUCCAACGACUCCAGGCAACCCACAUCACGCCUCCUGGGCAUUUCAACCUACGGAGCCAUGCUACCUCCGCUCAUAUCCAGCCCUUCGACUCCCGUUACACAUCGCAGAUGAACAUUCCCAAGUACAAAAUUCCCGAUGAAGGUGCCCCUGGAGACACUGUCUUCCAAAUGAUUAGAGAUGAGCUGGAUCUCGACGGCAAGCCCAAUCUCAACCUUGCCAGCUUUGUGGGCACCUUCAUGGAACCCAACGCAGAGCAGCUCAUGCAGGAGAACCUCGCCAAGAAUCUCUCUGAUGCAGACGAGUACCCCGCCAUGCUGGAGAUGCACCAGCGAUGCAUCAGCAUCAUUUCUCACCUCUGGGGUGUUCAGCCCGGUGAGAAGGCAAUCGGCUCCGCUACCACCGGCUCAUCCGAGGCCAUCCACCUCGGAGGUCUGGCUAUGAAGCGUAGAUGGCAACAGCGCCGCAAGGAGCAGGGCAAAGACGCACUGAAGCCUAACAUUAUCAUGGGUGCCAACGCGCAGGUUGCUCUCGAGAAGUUCGCCCGCUAUUUCGAUGUCGAGGCCCGUAUUUUGCCAGUCAGCAAGAAGAGCCACUACCGCCUCGACCCCGAUCUGGUGAGGGAAAACAUUGAUGAAAACACCAUUGGCGUGUUUGUCAUUCUCGGAAGCACUUACACUGGCCACUACGAGCCCGUUGAGGAGAUCUCCAAGAUCCUCGACAAGUACCAGGAAGAGACUGGCAACGACAUUCCCAUUCACGUCGAUGCUGCCUCUGGAGGUUUCAUUGCACCCUUCACACAUGCCGGUGUUGGCAACGGUGCAAAGUGGAACUUUGAGCUUCCCCGUGUUAAGUCAAUCAACACCUCCGGUCACAAGUACGGCCUUGUCUACGCCGGCCUCGGCUGGAUAAUCUGGCGUGACGAGUCCUAUCUCCCCGAAGAUCUUAUCUUUGAGCUGCAUUACCUUGGUGGCACCGAGAAGUCCUUCACUCUCAACUUUUCGCGCCCUGGCGCCCAAGUCAUCGUUCAGUAUUACAACCUCAUCCACCUUGGCUUUGACGGUUACCGCGUGAUCAUGGAGAACUGUCUCUCCAAUGCUCGCCUGCUGGCCCAGAGCCUUGAGGCAAUGGAAUGGUACACCGUUGUCUCCGACAUUCACCGGCCGGUCCAGGACAAGGCUGCUACCGAAACUGAGGGAUCCGCCGCCAACCAGGCUGCCGAUAAAGAGGGCGACGAAGACGCCGCGUCUGGUGAAACCUCUGCAGACUAUGUCGCUGGCUUGCCCGUUGUAUCAUUCCGUUUGACGGAUGAAUUCAAGGACAAAUACCCACAUAUCAAGCAGGAGACGAUAUCACUCAUGCUUCGCGCUCGCGGCUGGAUUAUUCCCAACUACCCUCUGCCGCCCAACGAGGAAAAGAUUGAGAUCCUCCGCGUUGUCGUCCGUGAGAGCAUGACAUUUGAUCUGCUUGAGCGUCUGCUUGGAGACAUCGCCUCCGUGACAGAGUCGCUGAUGGAGAAUGACCAGAUUGAUUUGCAGGUCUUGAGGAAGCAUCACACCCGCAGAAAGGUGCGAGUCAAGGGCGACGAGGAGAAGGAGCGGAAUGAGAGGAAGGAAAAGGGAGGUGUUGCCAGGGUUUUGGGCCAAGAGGUGAGAAGCAUGGAAGAUGGUAUUCACCGGGCCGUGUGCUAA